CGUGCGGAUUUUGGCGCGCUGUCUUGUCCAGUGCGCGUCUGUGGACUGUUCUUUUGUGUGCGAAUCUUACACAUUCUGUGGAAAUGGAAGGAUUUGAUGAUGCUGGGCUGUUCUUCUCGGACAACUUUGGUGAGGAACGACCUCAGCAGGUUAACUUGCAGACCAUCAAGAAGAACUACAAGGAGUUUUUGCACAGUUUUCACGAGGACACCUUCAACUUCAAAUACAGAGAUAAUUUGAAGUUGAACUAUAUCACCGGGAAGUACUUCCUGGAAGUGGAGAUGGAGGAUCUGGCGGGAUAUGAUGAGACGCUCGCGGAUAAACUGUACAAGCAUCCCACUGAGCAUCUGCCUGUCUUUGAGGAGGCUGCUCGGGAGAUUGCUGAUGAGAUUACCAGACCUCGACCAGAGGGAGAAGAGCAUGUUCAUGACAUUCAGAUCCUGCUGCGCUCCAACAGUCUCCCGACCAGCAUUCGCGAGAUAAAGUCCGAGUGCAUUUCUCGGAUUAGCACGGUGGCGGGCAUUAUCGUCUCAGCGUCCAACAUUCGCGCCAAGGCAACCAAAAUGACCAUUCAAUGUCGCUCUUGCAGCAACAUAAUCCCCAAUAUCUCCAUCAAUCCCGGGCUCGAGGGCUACGCUUUGCCCAGGAGGUGCCCAACAGAGCCAGCAGGGCGACCAAAGUGCCCCAUGGAUCCUUACUUUAUCAUCCCUGACAAAUGCCAGUGCGUGGACUUUCAGGUGCUGAAGCUGCAGGAGUUGCCGGACUCCAUUCCCCAAGGCGAGAUUCCUCGCCACAUUCAAAUCUAUUGCGACAGAAAUCUGUGCGAGCGCGUGGUGCCUGGGAAUCGCGUCAUGAUCCACGGAAUCUACUCCAUUCGCAAGGUGGGAAGACCGUCGAAGCUGGAUGGGCGGCAAAAGGCCACCGUGGGCGUGCGAGCGCCCUACAUGCGAGCCGUGGGCAUAGUCGUGGACACUAAAGGGCAUGGAAGCAUCUCGAUGCACUCGAAUGUAUCGGCUGAGGAGGAGGAGGCAUUCAAGAAGCUGGCCAACACACCUAAUUUGUACGAGAGACUCGCUCAGUCAAUCGCCCCCAGCAUUUUCGGGUCAGUGGACAUCAAAAAGGCCAUCGCAUGCAUGCUGUUCGGAGGGUCGCGGAAGAGAUUGCCCGACGGCCUUAUUCGCCGCGGGGACAUCAAUCUGCUGAUGCUGGGCGAUCCGGGAACGGCAAAGUCGCAGCUGCUGAAAUUCGUAGAGAAAGUGGCACCAAUUGCUGUGUACACGUCCGGAAAGGGCUCCAGUGCUGCCGGUCUCACAGCUUCGGUGAUUCGCGACAGCUCGAGUAGGAACUUUGUGAUGGAGGGCGGCGCCAUGGUGCUGGCCGACGGCGGAGUUGUGUGCAUCGAUGAGUUCGACAAGAUGAAGGAGGACGAUCGCGUGGCCAUUCACGAGGCGAUGGAGCAACAGACCAUCUCAAUUGCCAAGGCGGGACUCACGACCACUCUCAAUUCGCGUUGCUCCGUUCUGGCAGCAGCCAACAGCAUCUUCGGCCGCUGGGAUGAGACCAAAGGCGAGGAGAACAUCGACUUCAUGCCCACGAUUCUGUCUCGCUUCGACAUGAUCUUCAUUGUGAAGGAUCUGCACGACGAGCAGCGCGACUUGACGGUGGCUAAGCACAUCCUCAACAUACACGUGAACGCCAACAAGGCGGACAGUCGCAGCGCCGAAGAAGAGAUCUCGCUGGCCAUGCUGAAGAAGUACAUCCACUAUUGUCGCAGCACCUGUGGACCUAGGCUGAGCGUGGAGGCGGGCGAGAAGCUGAAGAGCCAGUACGUGCUGAUCCGCAAGGGCGUGCUGAGCCAGGAGAAGGGAUCCGAGAAGCGCCUUGCUAUUCCUAUCACCGUGCGCCAGCUGGAAGCGGUGAUCAGAAUCUCAGAGUCCCUCGCCAAGAUGCAAUUGCAGCCCAUCGCGACGGAGUCGCAUGUGAACGAGGCGCUGCGCCUGUUCCAGCUCUCCACUCUCGAUGCCGCCAUGUCAGGCAACUUGGCUGGAGCUGAGGGAUUCACCACGGAGGAGGAUCAGGAGAUGCUGAACAGGAUUGAGAGGCAGCUGAAGAGGCGCUUCGCUAUUGGCUCACAGGUCUAUGUGCAGAGUAUCAUCCAGGAUUUCUCUCAUCAAAACUACGCCGAGAGGUCUGUAUUGAAAGUCAUUCACAUGAUGAUUCGUCGCGGAGAAUUGCAGCACCGAAUGCAGCGCAAGAUGCUCUAUCGCAUCUGCUGAUCUGUCGGCGCCUUGUCACUCUUGGGCGACACUUUGCGCACUACAAAGCCGCGGAAGGAUGUCUGGAUCUUCGUGGCGGCGUCAUUUAACUUUUGUAGACGUUUU